AUGGCGCCCACAACUCCCACGCUACAGAAUUUCCCCCGCCUCGACCCAAUUGCUCCAGACCGUUCGCCGUCCCGAUCUCCUCGACGCAAAGCCCAAUUCGCCUUCAGAGAGCUCGAUCCGUUGUUGGGGAAUUUGUCACCACAUUCGACGUUGAAGGCAUUACAGGCCACAGAAACAAUAUCAACCGGGGCAGCGCAGGAAGAUGCUUUGACAUCCAGCAUUGCAGAUGCCACUCCAGCAGAGCGAGAACUCGGCAUAAGGGCCGCUUUUGCCGCUCAAAAACUGCGUGAGUGGAAGGAGGAGAUAGCCAAAUGGAAGUGGCCGGGCAAGCAAGAAAGAGGGUUUGGUCUGGGAUUCAUCCCCCCGCCAGACGCACAAGACAAUGGCGUCGAGUAUCACGGCUGUUUGCCUGCAUCCGUGGUGGAAGACUACGAGACCAGACUAGAGGAAAUUAGGGACGAUCUGGAUAGUCUGGGAAUCAACGAGAUCAAAGAUCAUGUGCUCGAAGCGCACCGUCCAUCGAGCAGCUCGGCAAAGUCCAGGCCUGCGGGACCUCGUGCAAGUUAUGGGAGAAUGCGUGAUUUUACGGCUCUGAUCACUGCAACAGUCAUCCAGGCCUUGCCCGAUCUGGCCAAAUUGAACACAUUGCUGGAUACCUGGGACAUUCGAUUACGGGUACUUAGGGAGCUGCCGAGGUUUCUCGAGGUGAUGCAGUCCACUCAGUCCGGCAUCCAGCGCGCUUUCAACCAAACCAGAGACCCGAACUCUGCACGAAAUCUGACAGAAGCAGUGUUGGACAAUCGAAAGAUGGAUCUGGGUGGACAGGUGUCAGAUAUGGGCCGACGCAUUGAUCGACUCCUUGACAUGCUCGAGGGCCAGGAUGACACCCUACCACAGGCCUGGAUUGACAGGCUCGAGAACAUCGAGCUCGACUACGCAACCUGGGUGGUUGAAGCUCAACAUGUGCUUCUCAAGAACCAGCUCGUAUUUAAAUCAACACAAGGCUAUGAGCCAAUGAAAGUGGCCAAGAGCUUGGCUCAUAUUGAAGAAGACCACAGGAGCAUCGCCCCUGCAUCGCCUCUCCAGCCAAACAAUUCUCAGAUAUUGUCAGCAGAAGAUACCACUCGAGAAGGGCACAUAUCAGAGCUGCCUAGCCCAGAGAUCGACGAACCAAAAGCGAAGCGCAAGCCUUCGUUGAAGCUUGACCUGGCUCAGCCGAGGAGUCAUAGAAGAGAAGUCUCCAAAGUUUCUGUCGCUGAAUCCAUGUACUCGACUUUCUCAGACAUUUCCAAUGCAGAGAUUAUGGACGCAAAAUCCACCAGCGUUCUCCCGAGUCCCAAGGUCAGCGUGGUCGACAAUUCGUUCCGGGCCAGUCGUGAUGAAAUCACCUGGUUCGGGUCUGCGCCAGCAGCUCAGCAGCAGUUGGCUGCGAAGCCACCGAUGCUUCAACGGGCGUCGACAGCCUCGAUCGAAGUCUUCCCCAAGGAGAAGCUACGGGAAGUCGUCUUACAGCGUUCGGCCAGUUGGGAUAUGCUCUCGCAAAGAACGCAUGCACGCGAGGAGACACGGUCGAAAGCUCUGGCGCAAUUGACGGGGUCCGAGGUACCCAAUACAUCAGAUCAGGGAGCGGGAGAUGCUGCGGUGUUGCCAUUAGCACCCUCCAUCGAAACAGCACCUUUGGCAACACCGUCUCUGCAAAUUGAGCCUCUGCACGUCCCUUCGCGGCAAAAAACUCAGCCGGUGCUGCCCAGGCGGUCGAGCAAGAGGAAUACUUUGAUUGGAUUGUCUCCCAUCACACCCACCACGAGCGCCGCUACGGAGGAUCUUGUGCAGCAAACAAGUCCUCCCAGUAAUACAAAGCACCCAUCAAGAAGACAUAAGAUGUCCGAAUCACUGGAUGAGAAGAUCCAGGAUAUUCUCACCACCUUGCCGACCAAAAUUCGGCUGGCGAAGGACGUAGACUCCGAAAGCUCCUCAACAUCGACGACGCGUUCGUCCACACCUACCCCUGCAUUGACUCUGUCGCCUGCUCGAGCAGAUCAAUCUAGCCGCAAGGGUAAUCUUGCAGAUCCUGAUAUCAAGCUGUAUCAUCUGACACGGACCGGACAAGGACGUGGGGUACCGCCUAUUAAGCUUUUCGUGCGGACUGUUGGAGAUGGUGAUCGGGUAAUGGUCCGUGUUGGCGGAGGCUGGGCUGAUCUCGGGGAAUACUUGAAGGAAUAUAGUCUGCAUCAUGGCAGCCGUGCAACUAUCGAUGGUCGGCUUGAGGUUGCCAGCUUUCCUGGAAACGGUCAGCCAUCCGCUUCCAAUGUGGCCCCGGUUUCGCAAGGACGACAAAAGCCGAGAUCCCCUACAACAGUUCAGACGACUUUUAAGACUGCUGACAUUGUCAAUCCCAAGACCAGAUCGUCGACGCAGCGGCCUGGCUCGCCUGAAAACCGGACGAGUAAAGGGGAUGGAAUAGCACCGCCAGUACCUCCUAUACCGUCUUCUUAUACCAUCAGAUCUGCUACGACUACGUCUGCUACGCGACGCGAAGCUGGGGCUACAACCGACAUUGUCCACGCAGAUGUAGGAGCUCCGGAAACACCCGCGCAGAGGCGCCAUUCAGUUGUCAGUAGUCAGGGUGGCAUUACAACCACGACCGUCGUCACUCCUCCCGUCAUCACCACGAAUUAUACCCCUCUAGGAGGUGCUGGCCCCAAGAUGAACGCCCGAAGGGUACCAAACACGGGAGCGAGUCCCAAUAACAACGACGCGUGGGUUCAAGGAAUGGUCGGCAAGGCAAGGGCCGUCAGUGGCAAUGGGCCGACAACUGUGCAGGGACCGAAUAGCACAUCCACAACAGUCACAACAACGACCACUGUCAGCUCCACUCCGCCUUCGAGUGGGCGUCGCGCAUCGUCGCACUUCAGUGUCAGCCCCAAUAAUCAGAAUUCGAGCCCCGUCACAAUAUCAACGAGUCCAAGUACGUCAUCUGUUGCGAGUGACGCGAAGAGUGGCCGGCGAAUUAGUAGUUAUACAUCGGGAAGCAGGAAGAGCAGUCGAAUGAGUCUAGGCGACAUUGGUGGGAUCAAGCGGGUGUUUUUGAGGAAAAAGUCCGAUGCUGUUGCCAAGUGA